UUCAGGGCAUGUGCUCUCUCCACUGCGCCACCUAGCUGCCCCUUUCCUAGGACACAAACGGAAGCGAUUCCGGGUCCUGGCAUGGCGCUGAGCCUCCCACACACUCAGCUAGCUCUGGCAAUGCGUGGGUCACCUUCCUCAUCAAUGUGUGCAUCCCUGGAGAGUACCAUGCCAAGAUGGAAACGCCCCUUCAUUGAAGAUCUUUCUGCAGAGGCUGGCUGGGUGACCCCUUGUUGGCUGUGUUGCAGGGAAGCUUCCCUUUGGGGUAUGGGCUGGAUCAAUACAGGCCGGGACGUCUCCGUGGGGAAGGCAGGCGAGACUUCCCAGGAUCUGACACGGAGGCGAUCUCCAUCAGGAGAGCUGGCGGGGCUCCACCCGCGCCAUCGUGCCCCCCGUGGGGCAGGGGGUGGUGGGGUGACAGCGGCACGUUCGGAUCCCCCACAGGCGUGCCCUCUUCAGCAUGGAAUGACGGGAGCCGGCCAGGGAAGGAGGGAGGAAAUCGGUCCUGCGGGGUGGGGCGGGAGCAGGCGUCCCGGGGACCCCCUCCCAUGGUCCGAACUGGGCAGGGAGAACAGAGCAAGCCCGCGCCCGGCCGCGCGUCGGGACGGCGGGGAUGGGAACGCGCCGGCGGCCGCCAGCCCCGAAGGCGGGGCGCGUCUGCUCCGCGAGACUCGCUCAGCACAGCAAGUGCCGCCCGUAGGGCCGGGGCGGGGUCCCACGGCUCUGGGGAAACUGACGCAGGCAGGCCGCGGACAGCCAGCCCCGCCCCCGCCCCCGCCCCCGCCCUUCGGCGGGUCCGCCGCGGUGGGGGUGGGGGAGGGGGGGGAGCGCCAGGCGCGCCUCCUCUUCCCAGAAGCCUCCACGGCAGGCCUGGGGGAUCCGAGGCGUUCAGUCCUCCCCGCGGCCCGGAGCAGCCCGGGCUGGGGGCGGAGAGGAAGUGACGUCGCCGGGAGGCGGGGCGAGGGAGGGACGACUUCCGGGCGGCUCCGGAGAGAAAACCUGAGGUGA